AUGCAAGACACUGAUACAUCGUACUGGACUAUUAUACAGCCACCGACCAUGUUCUACAACGAAGUCAGGACUGAUGCAAGUAACAACAGCACCCUUCACCCUUUGGGCCUGCACGUCAAGUAUCUCGGGGCCGCUGCUGCCAACUGGCGCGAGUACUUCAACUACGUCGCGGAGAGACUCAAGAAGUCGAUACACCACGCCCAUGCCAUUCUGCUCAACACGGCCGAUAUGAUCGCCGCCGUUAGGGCACACGGGGUCGCUAUCUCCGAGACAUGCAAUUAUGACGAUAUUCUGAAAUUCCACGGCCAGGAACUUCUGGUGAGUAAUGGUGUGAAGCUUGCCAUGAUUGCUGAAGAGGAUUCAGCCCAGAACAAGGUGAUGGCCUCCUUGACCGAGAUGACGCAUAAGGACUCUCGCACGGUGCGUGUCAUGACGAUGAUUGCCCUCAUCUACCUGCCAGCGAACCUGAUUCUGGCGUUCUUCAGCACGACCAUCGUCUCCCUGCCUCCCUUGAAGUUGGCGUAA